AACAGCACAGUCCCAACGUCUGAUAAUAACACCGAUAUCAAUUACAAUACUAAGAAUAACUCGAAAACAACAGUUUCACGUGAUCGCCAUUCAGGUGCCGUUGUGGCAAGUAGUAAAUCGGUAUCGGAACUGUUUGCUGACUUUAAAGAGAGUGAAGAGUUGCUGGUGGAGAGCAGUAUAUCACCAGUGGAAUCACGACACUCGUCGUUAGAUGCACUGAAUGAAGACGACGGUGAGGAAGAUGCUGAUACUGAAGACGAUACGGAGAGCGCUAUCAAACGGAAGCAAAACGAACUGAUAAGAGUGAUCAAUGAGGAUGAUAAACGAUCUGAUAUCUUAACCCACACAACACAGCCAUUCAGCACAACCUCAGCCUCUCCAUCCUCCAAUAAGCUUAUCAAGGAUGUUAUCGACCAAUACAUCAACGACCAUAUCAAUAGUAAUGAUAACAAUCCAAAAACUACCCCGUCUCAUAUCGAGCUGGAAUCAGAUUCGCUGAAUGCGCAGUUAGUCGAUACAUCCAACUCAGAUAUUCAUCAUUACAAAUGUUGUUUGGAUAAUAAUUUCAUAGAGACAACCUCAGCGUCAACGACCACUCAUUAUCCAGACACAACUAUGACAAUUAACGAUAACACUGAUGAUGAUCAUGAUAUAAAGAGCAACAAUUCAAUGACACAAGAGGAAAAUCUCUCGGAACGAAUCUGGUCAUUUUGGGACAAAUUAAUAGCUGGUAUCAAGUGUUCACAACGAGAUUGUAGCGAAGCAUUUUACUUGCCCUAUUCGACCACGACCACGUUGAAACCUCUUAUUGAACCGAAUAUCAUCAGACGUGCUCGAAAAAAUUCUGCUCAUUUUUGA